AUGGGUGUAGUGUGUACCGGAUACGAAUCGGAAGAAAAUCCUAAAAAUGAAGUGCUCUGGAGUCCAGACGUUUCAAGUUACGAAAAUCGCGCAAAGCCAGCCAAAAUCAAGGAUAAAGAAGACAAACUCUUCGAUUUCAAACCGUACUUCCCAGGAUUUUAUCCAAUUCCAGUAUUAUUCAUCGCUGUUGUUGGAUGUUUACUCUUUGCAUUUACGCAAGGAGGAGUCCACGAGUCAGGUGGCCUUAGCGGUUUCUUAGGUUCUGUUAAAGAAAAAUUAGGAAGUGGUGGGUUUGGCGGCGGAUCAAGCAGUGGUGGAUUUGGUGGUGGAUCAAGCAGUGGUGGAUAUGGUGGUGGAUCAAGCAGCGGUGGAUAUGGUGGUGGAUCAAGCGGUGGUGGAUAUGGAAGAAGAGGUAGAGGCAGUGGAGGAUUUGGCAGCGGAGGUGGAUUAGGAAGUGGUGGACUUGGAGGCAGCGGUGGUUUUGGUAGUGGUGGAUCAGGUGGCAGUGGAUCCGGAAGUGGUGGAUAUGGAGGAAGCGGUGGUUUUGGUAGUGGUGGAUCAGGAGGCGGCGGAUCAGGAAGUGGUGGUUUUGGCAGUGGAGGAUCUGAAAGUGGUGGAUAUGGAGGUAGCGGCAGAGGCAGUGGAGGAUUUGGCAGUGGUGGUGAAUCAGGAAGUGGAGGACAAGGCGGCAGCGGUGGUUUUGGUAGUGGUGGAUCAGGAAGUGGUGGUUUUGGCAGUGGUGGUUCAGGAAGUGGUGGUUUUGGAAGUGGUGGAUCCAGCGGUGGUGGAUAUGGAAGCAGCGGUCUUGGUGGAUUAGGUAGAGGCGGAAUCAGCAGCAGUGGUGGACUUAUAGGCCCAGGAAGUCAAGGACAAAGCAGCCAGAGUAUUUCUAGUAGUGGUGGAGGUGGCAAACAUUGA